AGAAAUGAGGCCUGUGCUUGGGACCUUGAUAGCCCGUUACUGUGCUUCGCCUGAGUGCGUCAUCCCAAUAACCAUCACCUCUCGCGUCUUACCUUCUUCCUUUCCAAGGGCACGAACCAUAAUAUUCAGUCGAGCCAUCCAUUGCAGAGAUCAUGGCUCUUGCAGCCACCCUUAUUGGUGGAGUCCUCGUCUCCGUUGCGAGGGCAGCACAGCCAGGCGCCGUGGGCCCUGUUGAAGCGCCCAUGCGAGAUCUGCAAUGGGGUCAACUGAACUUCCUUCACACGACCGACACGCACGGCUGGCACGGCGGCCAUCUCCAAGAAUCGCAGUAUUCCGCCGACUGGGGCGACUAUGUCUCCUUCGCGGAGCACCUAAGAAGGAGAGCCGACGAGGAAGGGCGGGAUCUCCUCCUCGUUGACACCGGAGACCGAGUAGAGGGCAAUGGUCUCUACGAUGCGUCGGAUCCCAAAGGCGAAUACUACUACGAUAUAUUCAAGGAGCAGGAUAUUGAUAUCAUCUGCACCGGGAACCACGAACUCUACCAAGCCUCCAGUGCUGAUGGAGAACACGAGCACACGGUGCCGAACUUCAAGGACAAUUACGUCGCCUCGAAUCUCGAUUACAUCCAUCCCGAGUCGGGCGAGAGAAUUCCUAUGGCACAGCGAUAUAGGAAGUUCAAGACAAAGAACCAGGGGCUCGAUAUUGUCGCCUUCGGCUUCCUUUUCGACUUCACCGGGAAUGCAAACAACACUAUUGUUCAACCAGUGCGAGAGACGAUACAGGAGAAGUGGUUCCAGCAGGCCAUCAGGGAAAAUCCGGACGUAUUUGUUGUGAUUGGCCAUGUAGGGGCCCGGAUGCAGGAGUUCAAGGAUAUCUAUACGGCGAUACGGAAGCAGAAUUGGUUCACCCCGAUCGCAUUUUUCUGCGGCCACGUUCAUGUGAGAGACGCAGUAAGCUAUGAUGCAAAAUCCUUCGCUUUGGGGAGCGGGAGGUACUUUGAAACCAUCGGCUGGAUGUCUAUCGACGGCAUCUCCAAGGCGGCUAAAGACGUGUCAACAACGUCUGUAACUUUCCACCGCAGAUACAUCGACAAUAACCUGUUGGGUCUAUAUCAUCAUACUGGCUUGAACGAAUCGACGUUCCCAACGGAACAUGGGCGCAAUGUUACCAGCAUGAUUGCGAACGCCAGGAAAGCUCUCAAUCUGGACCACACAUUUGGCUGUGCACCACGGGACCUCUGGAUGACGAGAACACCCUACCCAGGUCCCGAUAGCAUUUAUAGCUGGCUGCAGGACGAGGUCCUCCCGGACGUUAUUGUCAACGAGGACCGAAAGAAUACCCCACGACUCGCCAUCAUGAACACUGGCGCCAUCCGGUUCGACAUCUUCAAAGGCGGUUUUACGAAGGAUACAACGUAUAUCAUUUCCCCUUUCCUGAGCGUGCUGAAAUUUGUCCCGGACGUCCCGUACGAGGUGGCCAUGAAAGUCAUCAAGAUCCUGAACAACGGCGGGACCAUCCUCGAUACCCCGGGUCUCCUCGACUCGAGGUUUAUGUCAAUUCCCGAGCAGCUCGUGAUCAAGGAAUCCAUUGUCCAUGAUGUUCAGCAAACCCCACCCGAUGACUUUGGUAUGGAAGCGGGUGGCCAGAAGCCACUCGGCGAUGACUCCGAAAGAAAGCCCAAUCUUAUCCCCGGAUAUACCACCAAGGAUGAUAUUGGCAGUGACGGUGACGACGCUGUUCAUUCUCCAAUAAACUUCUAUACUGUCCCGAACUGCAUUCAAGCCGAAAUUGACUUCCCGGCUGAUGGCACGCCAGAGACUGUUGAUCUUGUGUUUUUCGACUUCAUCCAACCUUGGGUCCUCUUGGCCUUGAAGUUUAGUGGAGGAGACUUUGCCGAGAGAGACAUCGGCCUCUAUACCAAUGGAACCUUUACGGAUCUGAUGGCGGGGUGGAUCAAAGAGAACUGGAAAGUUCACUGCUGAUAUGUAAGAGGUAGUGGGUAGGGCCUUGGCUUGGUUGGUGGCGUUUGCUUCUUCAAAGCCUAUUUCUGCUUGUUCUAGUAAUGGGACUAUGGUCUACAUCCGGACGAGCAUAGUUGAAUCAUGGGUCGGCGUUAGGGAGUGUGACAGCUAGUGUAGUCUAAUAUCGCCAAGUUCUGAGGUUGGCUCCCCGAGAGAUUGUCUUGUUGUGGCUUGCUCUAGGAAAACCGACAUUAAGAAGCAGUACGUCAAAUAUGGUCUAUACUGAGCGAUAAUAUUUUACAGACUAAAUAAGAGAAGGGGCUAUUCGUGUCUAGAAAA